ACUUCAGUAUAUAUAUUUCACCGAAAGAUAUAUUCCAGUUCUGGUAACGAUCUCAAAAUGACUUUUUACAGAAUCUAAUAUAAUGACCACCCAAGUGUCUGUUUGUAUUUAUGAAUAAAAAAUAUGUGCCUGAGGAUUCUGGAAGAAAUUGUGUUAUUGCCGAGAAAUAAAAGCAAAAUAAGCGCGGAUUCGGUCACUUCCGUCAGAAAUUAUGGUGGUGAUAAAGCAGAGAGCAUGAAUGUAAUUAUCAAGCAAGAUACUGAUGGCUGGGAAGAUCUCUCGGAUACAGAAGGAGAAGGAAAUGGUGCUGAUCUGACAUGUAAACAAGAACAAGGUCAAACCAUCAUCUUUAGAUCAGAAGAAGGUAGAGUCAUAAUGGACAAGGAAACAUACCAGGACGAUUAUUUUGUAGAAGGUCAAACCAUUACAAUCAAACGUGAAGUAGAUGAAGACAUGACCAACCCUGAUACAGCUCGAGACCUAUGGACCACACAAGGUUCAACCUUCAUCAUCAAACGUGAAGUAGAUGAAGACAUGACCAACCCUGGUACAGCUCGAGACCAAUGGACCUCACAAGGUUCAACCUUCAUCAUCAAACAGGAAGUAGAUGAAGACAUGACCAACCCUGAUACAGCUCAAGACCAAUGGACCACACAAGAUAAAGAUCUUUUGGAUGGAGAGGACAUAAGACAAUCAUCAAUGACAGAAUGCAGUGAAGAUGAGUCCCAUCAGUGUUUACAAUGCAAUAAGACAUUUAUCGAUGAGAGUUCUUUAGUUCUACAUCAUAAAACACACUCUAGGGAAGUUGAGUUUGCUAGUCAUACUUGGACAGAGUUUGGAGACAGAUGCUUCAAGUGCCCCCAUUGCCAUAAGAAAUUCGAAUGUAGGGAUUAUAUUGUAACCCAUAUGAGCACACACACUGGAGAAGAAUCUUAUAGUUCUCAUUGUGACAAGGGAUGUUCUCAAAAGAGUUAUCUGACCCAUCAUAUAAGAACACAAACAGGAAAAAAAACCUAUAUCUGCUCUCAUUGUGAGAAGGGAUUUUCUCAAAAGAGCGAUCUUACCCGUCAUAUAAGAAUACACACAGGAGAAAAACCUUAUCAGUGCUCUCAUUGUGAGAAGAAAUUUUCUACCAAGGCCAAUCUUACAAAUCAUAUUAGAACACACACUGGAGAAAAACCCUAUAUUUGCUCUCAUUGUGAGAAGGGAUUUGCUAAAAAAAGUGAUCUUACCCAUCAUGUACGAACACACACGGGAGAAAAACCCUAUAUUUGUUCUCAUUGUGAGAAAAUAUUUUCUGACAAGAACACUCUUACAAUUCAUAUUAGAACACAUACUGGAUCAAAACCCUAUAUUUGCUCUCAUUGUGGUAAGAGAUUUUCUGACAAGACCACUCUUACAAAUCAUAUUAGAACACAUACUGGAGAAAAACCCCAUAUUUGCUCUCUUUGUGAAAGAGGAUUUUCUCAAAAGGGCGAUCUUGCCCGUCAUAUAAGAACACACACAGGAGAAAAACCUUAUCAAUGCUCUCAUUGUGAGAAGAGAUUUUCUGACAAGACCGUUCUUACAAAUCAUAUUAGAACACAUACUGGAGAAAAACCCCAUAUUUGCUCUCUUUGUGAAAGAGGAUUUUCUCAAAAGGGCGAUCUUACCCGUCAUAUAAGAACACACACAGGAGAAAAACCUUAUCAAUGCUCUCAUUGUGAGAAGAGAUUUUCUAUAAAGAUUGAUCUUACCUGUCAUAUUAGAACACAUACUGGAUCAAAACCCUAUAUUUGCUCUCAUUGUGAGAAGAGAUUUACUGACAAGUCCACUCUUACCCGUCAUAUAAGAACACACACAGGAGAAAAACCUUAUCAUUGCACUCAUUGUGACAAGAGAUUUUCGGACAAGGUCAAUCUUAAAAAUCAUAUCAGAACACACACUGGAGAAAAACCCUAUAUUUGCUCUCAUUGUGGUCAGAGAUUUUCUAAAAAGAGUCAUCUUUCCCGUCAUAUAACAACACACACAGGAGAAAAACCUUAUCAUUGCCCUCAUUGUGACAAGAGAUUUUUUGACAAGGCCGUUCUUACAAAUCAUAUUAGAACACAUACUGGAGAAAAACCCUAUAUUUGCUCUCAUUGUGAGAAGAGAUUUUCAAAAAAGAGUCAUCUUACCUGUCAUAUAAGAGCACACACAGGAGAAAAACCUUAUCGUUGCUCUCAUUGUGAAAGAGGAUUUUCUCAAAAGGGCGAUCUUACCCGUCAUAUAAGAACACACACAGGAGAAAAACCUUAUCGUUGCUCUCAUUGUGAGAAGAGAUUUUCUGACAAGACCAUUCUUACAAAUCAUAUCAGAACACAUACUGGAGAAAAACCCUAUAUUUGCUCUCAUUGUGAGAACAGAUUUUCUAAAAAGAGUCAUCUUACCUGUCAUAUAAGAACACACACAGGAUAAAAACCCCAUGUUUGCUCUCAUUGUGGUCAGAGAUUUUCUAUUAAAAAAGAGUCAUCUUUUCUGUCAUAGAAGGACACGCACAGGAGAAAAACCUUAGCGUUGUUCUCAUUGUGACAAGAGAUUUUCUAACAAGGUCGGUCUUACAUAUCAUAUUAGGACACAUACAGGAGAAAAAAACGUAUAUUUGCUCUCAUUGUGAGAAGAGAUUUUCUGACAAGAACACUCUUACAAUUCAUAUUAGAACACAUACUGGAUCAAAACCCCAUAUUUGCUCUCUUUGUGAAAGAGGAUUUUCUCAAAAGGGCGAUCUUACCCGUCAUAUAAGAAUACACACAGGAGAAAAACCUUAUCAAUGCUCUCAUUGUGAGAAGAGAUUUUCUGACAAGACCAUUCUUACAAAUCAUAUCAGAACACAUACUGGAGAAAAACCCUAUAUUUGCUCUCAUUGUGAGAACAGAUUUUCUAAAAAGAGUCAUCUUACCUGUCAUAUAAGAACACACACAGGAGAAAAACCUUAUCGUUGCUCUCAUUGUGAAAGAGGAUUUUCUCAAAAGGGCAAUCUUACCCAUCAUUUAAGAACACACACAGGAGAAAAACCUUAUCAAUGCUCUCAUUGUGAGAAGAGAUUUACUCACAAGACCGUUCUUACAAAUCAUUUAAGAAUACACCACAGGAGAAAAACCUUUUCAUUGCUCUCACUGUGAGAAGAGAUUUACUGACAAGUCCACUCUUACAAGUCAUAUAAGAAAACGUACUGGAGAAAAACCUCAUCAUUGCUCUCAUUGUGAAAAGAGAUUUACUCACAAGACCGUUCUUACAAAUCAUAUUAGAACACAUACUGGAGAAAACCUUAUCAAUGCUCUCAUUGUGAAAAGGGAUUUUCUAGCAAGAGUCAUCUUUCCUAUUAUAUAAGAACGCACACAGGAGAAAAACCUCAUCAUUGCUCUCAUUGUGAAAAGAGAUUUACUGACAAGUCCACUCUUACAAAUCAUAUUAGAACACACACUGGAGAAAAACCCUAUAUAUUUCCUCUCAUUGUGAGAAGGGAUUUGCUAAAAAGAUUAAUCUUACCUAUCAUAUACGAACACACACAGGAGAAAAACCCUAUAUUUGCCCUCAUUGUGAGAAGAGGUUUGCUAAAAAGGGCAAUCUUACCUGUCAUAUUGUAAGAACACAUAAAGGAGAAAAACCCUAUAUUUGCCCUCAUUGUGAGAAGAGGUUUGCUAAAAAGGGCAAUCUUACCUGUCAUAUUGUAAGAACACAUAAAGGAGAAUAACCCUAUAUUUGAUCAUAUUGUGGGAAGGGAUUUUCUCAAAAGAGUGAUCUUACAACUCAUAUAAGAACACAUGCUGCAGACAAAAAACCUUAUUGUUGCUCUCACUGUGAAAAUGGAUUUUGUAAACAGAGCUGUCCUACACGUCAUUUAAGGACACGCACACAGGAGAAAACCCCUCGAUUUUUUCUCAUUGUGAGAUUUUCCUAAAAGAGACGAUUAUGUAUAACACAUAGUCAGUUAUGAAUUUUAUACUGAAAAAAUGACGAUUUGCCAAUUAGUAGAAACUCACAAUCCUCUAUGGUUGUGAUGUUCCACCAACCAAAAGUGACUUCGCUAAAAAAAAAUCAGUGAACUGUAGCGUUGCUUGGUUCCCUGGGAGGGAGAUUGAGAACGGUUCUGAACUUUUUGCAGAAUUCUGUCCCAGACGUUUGAUAGCUGAAACUGUAAACUACCUCCUGGAUUCUCAAACCACCUGAUUUCUUUGUCUAGGAUUCGCAUGUUCUUGUUUAAAACAUGUCCUGUAGUGUCCACUCUAAAAUGACAGCUAUUUUGAUGCUCAAGAAGAUAGGGCAUGUUCAUUCAGCUCACCCGCUUGUGUUUUCGGCCGUCCACUACGCGAUGUGAUGCGUGUUACCCGUGGCAUAAUCUACAAAAAUUAAGAUCAAAUAAAAAAAUCUCAUUACUAAUUGAUUAUGCUACUUUGUGCUUAAAAUCAAAAGUUUGCUCUAAUGAACUACAUAAGGCCCCCAAAUUUCUAACCCUAACCCUCCUCCAGUCUUACUCGGGUCAAUCAUAAUAAUAAGAACAAUAAUAAUAAUAAUUUGCAUUUAUAUAGCACUUUAUCAAUGUACUACUGCUCAAAGCCCUUCACUAUGGUUUAACUUGGCUAUUUGGAAGUUGAUUUGGUAGUAUGUACCAACUCAAAACUCGAGCCAAAAUGAAGGUAGAUAAUGAUAGGAGCAAUUACUACAAUAUGGUAGGAUGGCUGGUUUUUUAGUCCAGACUAUUUAUUUUUAGUAUUAUCUCGGUACAGUAUUACAAUUUAUAAUGUAUUAUUUACACCACAGGAACUAUAACUUGAUUUCUGUAUUACCACCCCCCCCCCCCCCAAAACAAAACAAAAAAAAAAAAAAAAUGAUAAUAAUAAUGAAAAUAUAUAAAUAAAAAUCAAAAAAAUAAAUAGAUAAGAAAGUAAAUAAUUGGAUUGGAGUUACUGGUUCAAUUGUGUGUUAUAAAUUGAAAAAAAUUUCAUUUCAUUGGAGGGGAGGUAAACUAAUUUUUCAGAUUUUACCAGUCACAGUAGUCUAAACACAAUCUAACUAAAUGUUGUUCAUGUAAAGCCAUUUUUGUUAGAAUUAUUCCAUCUCUUAUAUUACGAACCUGGCUCAUUUGAUAUUUUCUU